CAGAAGCAGAGUGUGCGGGGCUUGCUCUGGCGCGUUGCUUUCGCUUCCUUGGAGAAGACCCGCGAAAGUUGAGACGGACGAGACGCUGAGCCCGCGCAUCUCAGGGUCCGGGUCAUCAGAAGCGAGCCAUGGCUGCCCCCCAGGACUUCCAGACCUUUGUCUUCCUGGACAUCGAGACAACGGGCCUGCCCAAAGACCGGCCCCGCGUGGCCGAGCUGUGCCUCUUUGCGGUGCACCGCCGUUCUUUGCAGCACCCUCUGCCGAGGGUCGUCACAACCCCGUUGGAUCAGCUGCCCCGUGUCAUAGACAAACUCACUCUGUGCAUUGAUCCCCAGAAGCCCUUCACUCCAGUCGCUGAAGAGAUCACCGGGCUGAGCAACCAGAACCUGGAGGAGAACUGCAAGCCGGAUCUUAACGGAGCAGCUGUGGAGGCCGUGCAGGGGUUUCUGAGGCGCCAGGCUGGCCCCAUCUGUUUGGUGGCCCAUAAUGGCUUGGGGUUUGACUUCCCUCUGCUGUGUGCGGAGCUCCAGAGGGUGGGCACCUCACUGCACCCGGACACCGGCUGCCUGGACACGUUGCCAGCCCUGAGGGAACUGGUGAAAGAUGCCAACAAGAACUACCAGCUAGGGAGGCUUUAUCGGUAUUUCUAUGGGCAGGAACCUCUCCGAGCUCACUCAGCGGAAGGGGAUGUCAUCACCCUCCUCUUGGUGUUCCUUGCAAGAGCUGCGGAGCUGAUCGAAUGGGCAGACCGCAAGGCCUGUCGCUGGGGCGAGAUCCAGCCUAUGUAUUCCCUGUCUUGGAACUAACAUACAAAAAGCAAAUAAUGCCUUAAUCCACCCGACCUAUUUCUACAUUGAACCAACAGUAUAUUGUGUUGUAGUAUCCUCCUGGAAUCACAGAAUAAUAGAGUUGGAAGAGGCCUAUACAGCCAUCAAAUCCAACCCCCUGCUCAAUACAGGAAUUCAAGUCAAUUAUACAUGAUAGACGGCUGUCUAGUUUUCUCUUGAAUGAUUUCCAUGUUGGAGAGUUUGCCACCUCCUAAAGUAAUUGAUUCCAGUUAGGCAGUUGUUCCAGAUAUUCAACUGAAAUCGGGCUUCCCAUAAUUUGAGGCCAUUAUUACAUGGUCUUCACUCUAGGGUGAUCAAGACCAGAUCCUGACCCUCCUCUGUAUUGUCUAUACAAGACUGCUUCAUUGAUGUUUCAUGCUAACUGGCCUCCAGGGAGAUAACAGCAGUUUUGCUCAUUCUUCUUGGAUGUGUAUGGGCUCAGAAGUUUGUAGGGAAGCCUGGGAUGGAGAGACAUGUGUCGGAUCUGCCUCCAGUACCUCCUCAUAUGUAGUUUCCACCCUGUCUCCUCCUCAAAGUGUGAAGGACUUCCUAAGUACGCUUAGUAGCGUGGACUGAGAAGUUUUCCUGUUAAGGCUGGGCCAAGAUAUUUUGCUACCUGAAGUAGGGCAGCCAGUGGCCCAAGUCAAAGUCCAUCGGACUCCAAAUGUGGCGGAUUAAGUGGACUCAUAAGGCAGAAAAUCCACAAACCUCUCCCUAUUCCUGGCAGUAAAUAAUUGCAAGUUAUAUAACUAAAGAGCAUCAUUUAAAAAAAGAAAAGAAAGUUAGCUCUGACUCUUUAACAACAAAACAUUCCUGAUUUUGCAUCUUGCUCUUCCAUUUUAUGGGAUCCAAAAAUCUGUUGUUUAAUGGUGCUACCUUACCUUGCCUAAUGGUAGAGCCCAGUUCUGCUUCUUGCACUUAAGAACCCUUAUAUAAUCUACCGGGUUCCUAACUGUGGGGAACAGGACGUGUGUUGAAUCUCCAUUCAAGCCUUGCAUUGUCCUUCACUGUCUCUAUACUCCUCUAACAUUGAUUGCUUUGAGGAAAAACGUAGCAAAGAUAACAUAAUGAUCAGCCUACUUUCUAUUUCAGAGAAACAUCACCUGAGGCUGUGGGUUAAAGUUAGGAUCCUACAGUCUUGUUACUGAACAGAUGUAAGCUUGAUUUGGGCCAUUGUAUGGGUAGGAGGCCAAAUGGGAGCUCUGUAAUAAAUAAAAUUAACCAGCAGCCAUUUCUUCAUACUUUUUUUGUGAGGAGAAUAAUCUUAUCUGUUAAGUAAGACAAAUCGCCCCAAAUUUCAGUUUGCUGAAGUGAAAGACUAUUCAUGAUGAAUUUUAAAAAAUUGAAAUGUGCUUUUAUGACUUAUUGGCUUUCUACAUUCAAAAUGCCUGAGAAUUCAGAUUGUUUCUGUUACUUCCAAAGGAACAAUAGUAAGUAAUUUUACUCUUAAGCAUGACUAGAUGAUGUAGUAGGCUAUAAUUUGACUGUCUAUGAAUCAGUGGCCAAAAUCCUCUUGAGUAGCUGCAUAAAUGGUGUAACAUUUGGAGGCAAAUUGCUCUAAGUUAACAAAUCACUGUAGACAUUAUCAGCUGCAUGCUGAGUCACAUAAUUCAAUAUAUAACUAUAAUGCCUGCAAUAAUUUCUUAAUUCAGUUCACCUCCAAAAGUUAGGCUGUUAACUAACAGAUGUAUGCCAUUGUAUGUGGUAUUGGAUUAGUAAAAAGCAGCUAUUUAUUUGUGAUGUUUAAUUGCAAUGUUCAGGACAUGCCAGAUUCCAUAUGAGUUGCAUCAAUGGACUGCUGCAUAGCUCAGUGGUUUAUGUGUCUGGCUGCAGAACCAGAGUUGGGGAGUUCGAUUACUCACAGGGGCUGGGACUGUAUGACCUAUUGGGUUACUUCCGGCUCUGCAGUUCUAAGAUAAUGAUGAUGAAUGCAUCCUGUCAUCCAACUUCAUUAAUCAGCACUUUGAGAAUGUUAAUUUGUAGUGCCUAUUUACAUUACAAAUUCCUUUCUUUAAAAAGAUCUCCCCAUGUUUAAUUUGGUACGUGUUCAGCUGAAGACAAAUUGGAAUGGUUGGCCUCGUGCUUCACAUCCCGGUCUAUUACCACUAUGCCUUCACCAUUGCUACCAGGUGACCUCAGAUUCCUGCUAGUAAACUUUGGUGUGUGUUUGUUUAUAAACUGUUCAAGCAGUUGAAAGGCUUUGGAAGACAUUACUUUGCUUCAUUGUUUAUGUAAUAUAUGUUAAAAUGCAGUUUGCAAUCAUUCCAGUACCUUGUGGCAAUGAAUUCCAUAGGUAAACAAUGUGCUGUGCAAGGACAUACAGUACUUCCUGUUGUUCAUUUUCUUCAUCUGUGUCGGUUUCAUUGGAUAACCUGAUUUUUUGUGCUUUACAUAAUUCAAGAGAAGAGAUGUUUUUAAAUAUCAGCCUGAAUCAUCAUCUGUUUUAUAUUUGCACAGUCAUGGAAAGAGGGUUAGAGAUAUAUGGCUACUGGGUUAAUAAACUGGAUUAAAAUUAGGCCCAUGAUUUAUUGGGCUGCUGGAAGAAAACAUAUUUUAAAAUACAACUAGUCAGCUUCCUAUUUAAGCCAGUAUAAAUGUAAUUAUAUGAAUUGUGAUAGCAAAUUGUCCCUAACAAUGAAUUGUUGGUUAUGUUCCUUGUCAUAUGCCACUUGCCUAGUUUGGUGCCAUGAGGAGUGUGAGUAUAACUUGUUGAUUAGCAAGAAUUUGAUACUGCAGUUUAUGCAGUUCCAUUUACAUCCCUGUAAGUUCCUAAUAGGAUUCUGACCAGUUAGUUAUUAAACUGUAGAUGAUAGGUACCCACUUAGAGAAGAAAUUUUGCCUUCUCUUCCAUAGGAUGGACUGCCUCUUCUUAGACGCUAUGGCAAGAGUGUUUACUUUAAAAUAAAAAUUAUGCUUUGUCUUUGUAAUAUCUUUGUAAAUCUUUACAAACUUAAUUUAUUAACCAAAUAUAUAACUGUUAACUUAAUCUAAAAGCCCUACAGAAGAGCCAUAUAGUUGCCUUCUGUUUGAAUCAUGGACAUAUCUGCAGAAUGGAUUGUUACUCAUGUUACAGAAAAAGCAAUUCACAUCUGAAUCUGUGUCAUUUGGUUUCAUUUGUUCUGGAUUUCAAGUAGGCUUUGAAUACUCAUCUAAUUCUGUUUACUUGUAGACAUGUUACUUUUAAUUAAAGAGAGGAUAAUUCUGGAUUAUUGAUAAUCUUCUUAUUUGAAU